AGGGGCUGAGGUCGCUGCUAUGGCUCUGCCGGGCGCCGGGGCGGCGGCGGCCGCCGGUGGCAGCGGGGGUCCGUGCCCGCUGUGGACGGCGCUGUACGACUACGAGGCGAGCGGCGAGGACGAGCUGAGCCUGCGGCGAGGGGACGUGGUGGAGGUGCUGUCGCAGGACGCGGCGGUGUCCGGCGACGACGGCUGGUGGGCGGGGAAGAUCCGCCACCGCCUCGGCAUCUUCCCGGCCAACUACGUGACCCGCCAGCCCCGCGGCGGAGCGGCGGCGGGGGGCGGCGGGCGGGGGGACCCCGCGGGGAGCCUAACGGAGAUCGACUUCCAGCACCUGGAGCUGCAGGAGAUCAUCGGCGUGGGGGGCUUCGGGAAGGUGUACCGGGCCACCUGGCGGGGCCGCGAGGUGGCCGUGAAGGCGGCGCGGCAGGACCCCGACGAGGACAUCACGGCCACGGCGGAGAGCGUGCGGCAGGAGGCCAAGCUCUUCUCCAUGCUGCGGCAUCCCAACAUCAUCGCCCUGCACGGGGUCUGCCUGCGGGAGCCCAACCUCUGCCUCGUCAUGGAGUUCGCCCGCGGCGGAUCCCUCAACAGGGCCCUGGCCGCCGCCCCCGGGGCCACGGCCGCCCGCGGGGGCCGCCGCAUCCCCCCGCACAUCCUGGUGAACUGGGCGGUGCAGAUCGCCCGCGGCAUGCUCUACCUGCACGACGAGGCCAUCGUCCCCAUCCUGCACCGGGACCUCAAGUCGAGCAACAUUUUGUUGCUAGAGAAGAUGGAACAUGAUGACAUUUGUAAUAAAACUCUGAAGAUUACAGACUUUGGUCUGGCUAGAGAGUGGCACAGAACAACCAAAAUGAGUGCAGCAGGAACUUAUGCGUGGAUGGCUCCAGAAGUUAUCAAGUCCUCCAUGUUUUCUAAAGGAAGUGAUAUUUGGAGUUACGGAGUGUUGCUGUGGGAACUGCUUACAGGAGAGGUUCCUUACCGUGGCAUUGAUGGCCUCGCUGUGGCUUAUGGAGUAGCUGUCAAUAAGCUUACUUUGCCCAUUCCAUCCACCUGCCCUGAACCAUUUGCAAAACUAAUGAAAGAAUGCUGGGAGCAGGACCCUCAUAUCCGACCAUCGUUUGCCUUAAUUCUUGAACAGCUUACUGCCAUUGAAGGGGCAGUUAUGACUGAAAUGCCUCAAGAGUCUUUCCACUCCAUGCAAGAUGACUGGAAAUUGGAAAUUCAGCAGAUAUUUAAUGAAUUGAGGACCAAGGAAAAAGAGCUUCGAUCACGAGAAGAGGAGUUGACAAGAGCAGCUCUUCAGCAAAAAUCUCAAGAAGAAUUACUGAAGCGCCGUGAGCAGCAGUUAGCGGAACGCGAGAUCGAUGUCCUGGAGCGUGAGCUGAAUAUCAUGAUAUUCCAGUUAAACCAAGAGAAACCCAAUGUAAAGAAGAGGAAGGGGAAGUUUAAAAGAAGCCGCUUAAAACUCAAAGAUGGACACAGAAUUAGUUUGCCUUCAGAUUUCCAGCACAAAAUAACAGUGCAGGCAUCCCCCAAUCUGGAUAAGAGAAGGAGUUUAAACAGUAACAGCUCUAGUCCAUCAAGUAGCCCUACAAUAAUUCCUCGUCUUCGGGCUAUACAAUUGAUUCCAAAAACAGAUACACACUCAGCUAAUGGCCGAAGAAACAGUGUAUAUGUGUACCAGCAAGAUGUAGAUAUCACAAGUGAAUAUGAUCUUCCCUGUGGGGUUAUGAAAAAAGUAACUUCAGAUGAAAGCAACAGAACUUGGGGAAGGAGCACAACAUAUCACCAAGAAGAGUUUGAAGAUGUGAAGAGAAGUUUUAAAAGGAGAGGUUGUACAUGGGGACCAAGUUCAGUUCAAACAAAGGAUCGUGCAGAUUGUAAGGACAAAGUAAGACCCCUUUCAGAUGGCAGCAACCCCUGGUCAACUGUUUUAAUGAAAAAUCAGAAGGGUGUUCCCUUAGCUUCACUAUUUGUGGACCAAGGUGCCUGUACUGAUAAGAAGCUUAUCCCUGAAGGUUUGGACAGUAAAAGACCAAAGCCAAUUAAGUUGCCCAAUCAGGCCUAUAUUAAUCUACCUCUUUGGAAAGAUGAUCAGGGAGAGAACACAGUAGAACAUGAGAGCUUUGAAGAAGGAACCUCUGCUAGUUCUACAAACAGUACUCCUCAAAUGACACCUACAAACAGUCUGAGCAGGACGCUGCACAAAAAGAAGACUGACUCAGUGCUGUAUGGGUGUGCUGUCCUCCUUGCAUCCGUUGCCCUGGGCUUAGAUAUCAGAGAGUUGAACAAAUCACAGGGUCCAGAUGAACUCUUGCCUAAAGAUGAGAAGAAGAAGCGUGAUGGAAUAUUUCAGCGUGCUUCAAAAUUCCGCAGAAGUGCCAGUCCUACGCGACUGCAGUCCAAGAAAGAGGAAACAAGUAUUCCAUCCCUUAAUCCAGCCACAGACACUGUGAAUCUUCUCUCUAUGCCCUCCAUUUCCACAAAAUGCCUACUUCAACCUGAUAGCGAAGAUGCUUUUGUAAGCACUGUGCUCGGUGAUUGUGGUCGGUGUAGUUCCACAGACAACUUUUCAUCUCAAACUUCUGAAAGUAAGAGAGAACGAAGUAUACAGCUGGCUCCAAACACAGUUUCGACACAAUUGAAAAAUCAGCCUUUUAGUCUUAGUCUGAAACAAGAAUCUCACAAUUUGCCAAAAGAUUCCUCCACAAAGUUAAGUAUGUUGGGUCACAGGCGAACCUUAUCAGAUGGGAACCAUUUUCAGACCACAGUUAAUGGAGUUUCUUCAACCAAUGAUGUCUCCAGACUCCCAGUCCUGUCAGUUCCUGGAACUCUGCUCUCCCCAGCUUUUCAACAAGGAAGCAAUCACAGUGGUGUUUCAAAUGAAAAGCAAAGCGCUGUCAACACUAUCUCAAGGCCUCGACCUUCUUCUCUAAGAAGUAAAAUUGAUGCAUGGCAGAUUAUUCCACGUAUUAUUAAACCAAACUCUAAAGACUCUGAAUGUUUAGAGGGCAAUGGAGAUCCAAAUGUUAACUUCUUGUCAGAUACUGAGGAAAGAACUAAGUGCCACAUGCCCUCGUUACUUGAUAUUGAUGUGGAAGGUCAAAACAGAGACUGUACUGUGCCUUUGUGCAGAAUGAAGAGCAAAACUUGUCGGCCAUCUAUAUAUGAACUGGAAAGAGAGUUUCUGUCGUGAGUGCCUUUCAUUUUAAAAAUGUUUGCCUCAUAAAGGGGAACAAAUAUAAAAUUCUUGUCUGUCUAACACUUUGUGCUGCUGUUUUCUGAUGUACUGUGACAAAUAGUACCAAAACUAUUAAAAUGGGCAGCUAAUUAAGUGUGGUAGGUGCCUUUUUCAAAUGCUCCUUGGAAUCCCAGCUAGUAACUCUGAAAGCACAAUGCUGCAAAAUCGUAUUCUAGGUGAACUUCGUAAAUAUAUUUUGAAUUAUUAAAAUAAAAUGCCCACCUCCCUCUGCCAUGUCACAAAAGUUUCCUUUAGGUUUGAGGGGUUUUGCUAGAAAUUUAACUUUCACACAUUAAAAAAAAACAAAUUACAUACAGAGCAAGGUUGCACUCUGUCAAGAGUUUCACCUAAGUAGUGGUGGUCUGAAGCUUGCCUCUGUGGCUUGUAGGUUCAGGGAGAGGGACAAGGGGUUUAAGGUGCAGGUACAGGAGGCUCUGUUCACUCUUCAUUAAGGAGGUGGUUACUUGCUGGCAUUUGAUACUAAAAUUGGUUAAGAACCAGCAGCUUUAUUUUCAGUUUUUAUCCUUGGUUAUUGUGAGAACUUUCUUAGUUUCUCCAGAAAGUUACACUGCUUGUAUAAACAUUUCAGUUUCAGCCACCAUAUCGAUUUGAGAGGGUAAACUUCAGUAUUGCGAUUGGAGUAAAGGUAUUUGACAUGCUUUGUAAUGUGAAACAACAUUCCUCGUAGGUAAGGAUACACUGGAACGUAAAUAUUUGUACUCUUAACCUUUUGAAGACUACAGUGUUUGCACUGAAAGCAAUAUUCUUGGGUUUGAAUUUUUUGUUUGUGGGGAAGGGGUUUGUCCCCAUUCUUGUUUUUUAAACUCUGCUGCACCUUGUAUUGAAGAAAGUUGGUGGUUUUUAAGGAUAAUUGGUUUUAAGUGAGCCAAUGGUGCAUUUUAUUGCACUUAAUUUUAAAACUGCUAUAAUUUAAUAUGAAAUCUUUCAGUAUAAUCUCUGUAGCUUUUAUUCCUAAGGUACUAAGGUACCUUAUUCCUACUUUUAUUCCUAAGGUACACUGAGUGCCUGCUUACUCUUAUUUAGGAAUCAAAGGACAGAAACAGAUGUGCUUGACUGGUUUUCAGUGAUAGAAAGUUUCCAGAAAAUUCCAAGUAGUUAAUUGUGGGGGGAGGAACAUUUAGCUUCGAUAACACUGGUAGUUUAAUUUUUUACAGUAUCACUAAGUUGCCCUAAGUGAAUGAUUAAAUAAAACCAAAUGUACAGUAUACUUUCCAUGAUUAAACCAUUUUUAGAAUUAAAGGAACAUCCCUCAUUUUCGAGUAUUUGAAGUCCUAAUUUUGCAGAUCAUUUGACAUUUAAAUAGUUUUCAUAAAUGAAAUUAGAUAAUGUUAGACUAAAACUACUGUGUUCUCAUCAGAAUACUGUUUUUUUAAGACCUGUGUUUAAAUCUUUUCUUCUCCUUUACUCUGGGGUCUGGGUGUGCAGAUAGAAUACACAGUUGCUUAAAGCUUCAAAACCAAGGGAUUAAAAGAGAAAGUUUCUGUUCUAAGACUGUAUGCACUACAGUAUCCACCUGGAAGAUGAUGUACAAUUACACAAAUGAAGUCAUGAGGUCUUAAUCACACAGAGAUUUUCACACAGGAAAAGUCACUUCCCAGCUCUCAGUGUGAAAAUAGAAAAGAAUUUUCCUUAAAGUAUUAGUUUACCAAAAGUAAAGACAAAACCACUAGUUGCCUGUAAAUCUAAAUGCUCGCAUAGCAGAUUGUUACUGUAUUUUCUUCAAACCUGUUUCUGUCGCAGUAUCCUUAGUUUCUGUCAACAUGAUUCAAGUCACAUACUGUUUGUCUUCUGUUUCAACUUUAAUUUCAUCAGAACACCUCAAUAGAUUGUAGAUUGUCUAUUCCAGUUUUAAUACAAAAUGUUUUCUUAAAAUAAAGUCAUGAAUCAAAUUUUAAGUAUAGAUUAAUAGCACACUUACCUUCAAGGCUUAAUUAGAAUUUUUGAGCAUAAUAUUUCAACUCUGUAUUGAUCAAUUAUUUCUGUGUAAUACUGAGAGAAAAGGAGUUGAUUGUAUUAUAUGUAUCUGAAGAAAGUUUCUCUAUUUGGCUUUCUGCAGGAAAAUCUCAGGUGCUGAAGUAUUUUGACUUGUAAACUACUGUUAAGUUCUGUAUUUUUAAGGUUUGUAUAAUUUCAAGUGUUGAAUUUUGCACCCUGUGUUUUGUAAUCGAUAGUAUCAGCCUAAAAAGCUCUUUGAGCUACAUUGUUUUCACUUACUAGUGGUGUAUAGCUCUUGUAAUUAAACACAGAUUUCUAUUCCUGUUCAAUGCAUAAUUUCCCAUAAGGUUGGGACACAUGAUAUGGCCAGCCCAGCGAAUUCUAAGAAAUUUAGGAGUUUGUAGUCCAUCUCUUAUUCUGAGAUAGCUUAGGUAAACUAUCUCAGAUAUUUCUCUGAUAUGAUGCAGUUUUUUUAAGCUAUAGUCUAUAGUGCUUUAUAAUUGUUUUUAUAGUUUAAAAUUAUAGGCCAGUCUUCACUAUAAUUAAAAAGAAAAAAAAAUUCUUUCAAUCGUGGUUUCAGUCUGUAAUUCACAUUUCACCAGAGAAAUUUUCUGUAAAGAUAUGGAAAUCUGGUAUGCAUUAUGUGACGUGUCUUGGUUAAAAGGAUAUUUAUUUCAAUGUAGGUUGAUAGCCUGACCAAAUAAUAAUUUAUGUUGAUUGUUUUAGCUUAAAACUGAAGGUGCUUACACUACAAAGAUUAAGAUAAACACUUGAUAUACUGUUUUACAAAACCUGAUGAUUUAAAUCUUUUUAUUUAAAAAAUAAAUGUUUUGUAGUUACUGUAUUGCAAAGUGACCUGAAUUUUCUUGAAAAAUAUAUUUUAAUGUUUUUUUAACAUUACAAAGGAGUUCUCUGGUGAAUAACCAGGAGCUGUAUACUAUGGCCAGCCUGUUCUUGAAAGACUAUAAUAUAAUUGUUACUCUAAGAUUAAGAAUCCAGUACAGUAACAUGAACAUUACUGUAAUAAUGAUAUGCACUUGAUAUGGGCAGAAACAUUUGGCAUAAGCUUGGUUUUUUUCUUUGAUGUGACCAUAAUAUUCUUUUGAUGCUUUUUACAAUGGUCACUGGGUGUCUUAAAGGAGAUAGAGUAGUGGAUGUAAAUAAAAUAAUCUCAGCAUGUGAUUCAGCAUCAAGAAUACAGCUAAGUAAUAGCAUCCUUCAGUUGUGGGGUUUUUGUUGGGAGAGUCCAUUUGUUCUUUGGGUGGUUUGGUACUUUGAGGUUUUUUGUUAGGUUUGUGGGGGUAUUUUUAGGCAAAUGAAGCCAGGAUUUUCCUUUUUAACACCUUUUGUGAUCUUCCCUCUUCCUUGAUCAUGUCAUGGGUGCAUUAGCCCAUUUUUCAGUCAGGAAGAGGAAGUAUCCAUUUCCACAGUGACAUCAGGCAAGAUACAGUGAAAUUAAAAUAGAAAAAUACUGAAUUUAUAAGAUUGCAAGCCCAAUCUCAUGCCUGCACUCAGCUUGUAGUGAGACCGGCUGCACAACAAAUACUUACGUCGCCUGUGAGUGUCAGUAUGGAGCCCAGAUUGUAAGCCAAGAUGCAGAGGCAGCUUAUUUUAUGCACAGGGUUAUAAUGGUAAUACAAAGAUCUGUGUACAAGUGUGAGGUAAUAGAAAAGAUCACAGUGUCACCCAACACCUUCCUUUUAAUAUAAUUAUUCAGAUCACUAUUGUGUAUGCACUAUGAGGAGCUGAGACUUACCUAAUACAUUUUUGAUGCAGUUGGUGGUGCUUAAGACUGCAGUAUUAGGUAUUCUAAAUUAUGUCCAGAGUCCUUGCAAGGAUGUAGUGGAAUUCUUCAUUAACAAAUAUGAGGCAGUUAUCCCAAUGCUAACAGAAAUCCAAUAUGCUUGAUAUAGAUAGUCUGAUAAAAUAGUUUCUUUAACCAAAAUAAGUGCUUUUUCAUCUAAUAAGUUGAAGAAUGGAAUACAGAGCUAUGAAGAUAGGAGGUUUUUACUUCUUAUUUCACAGAAUCACGGGGUCAUUUAUGUUGGAAAAGACCUCUGGAGAUGAAACAGUGUAAGCUCCUCAGACAGAGCAGGCUUCCCAAGACCAUGUCCAUUGAAGGACACAGGUGGAGACUCCACAGCUUCUCUGGGCAAUCUGUUCCAGUGUUUGGCCAUCCUCACAGUAGAAACACUUACUCCUAUUCUGAUCAAAUUUCCUGUUAAUUGGGGGUUUUGGGGUUGUUUAGUGGUUAUUUUCUUGUUGAUUGAUUGGUUUUGGUUGUUUGCUUUUUGUUUUGUUUUUUUGUUUGUGCCCAUUGCCUCUCAUCCUGUCACUGGACACGGCUGAGAAGAGGCUACCUCUCUCUUUACCCCCUGUUAUCAGCUAUUUAUGAACAGUGAUAAUAAGAUCCUCCUGGGCUCUUCUCCAGACCCAGCUCUCUCUGUCUUUUCAUGGAUAAAAGACCUUUCCCAGUCUUUGUGGCGCUGUACUGAAAAGUCUAUAUCUUUCUUGUUCUGGGGAGCCCAGAACUGGAGCCACCACUACAGGUGUGGCCUCACCAAUGUUGAGUAGGAUGACCUCCAUCAAUCUGCUGGCACCAUAACUAGUGCAGAGACCUGUUGGCUGUCUUUGCUGUAAGGGCACAUGGCUAGUUUCUGUUCAGCUUGUUGUCCAUCAGGAUUCUCAGGUCAUUUCCUGCUCCUUCCAGGUGGCUGGUCCCCUGUGUGUACAUGGGCUUGUUCCUCCCCAAAUGCACUUCUACUUCAUGAGAUUCCUCUUAAGCCCAGUUUUCCAGCCUGCCCAGGUCUCUCUGAAUGGCAGCACUACCAUCUGGUGCAUCAGGCACUCCUGCUAUUUUAGAUUGUCUGUAAACUUGCUGAGUAUACCCUGUUCAAACAUCCAGGUUGGUAAUGGAGGUGUUAAACUGUAUCAGCUCUACCCCUGGGGUAUUCCACCAGUGACAUUUUAGCAAGUUAUAGUUAAAACCAUCUCAUAUUUUAUUCAUACAAUCUAAAGUAUUUCUCCUAAGUGAUUUUGGCCGUUGCAAUUCAUCAAUUGUUUUUUGUUGGUUUUUUUUUCCAUUUCAAAGAUAAAGAUAUAAUGACCAUUCUCAGAUCUAGGCCUUAGUGAAUUGCUUCAGUAGUUGAGAUUUGGCAUCAGGAUGGCCUGAGUUCAGUGCAUCUUGAUGUAACAGCUUAAAUCUAUUCAAAAUAUUUGCAAUGUGCUUUAGAAGCAAAGUCACCAAUUCACCUCGGGUGACCAAACUAGUCAAACUUGAGUCAGGUGUCACAUUUGGUGUUACUUCUUUGAGCAGUCAUUAAUAUGAAGUCUCAUGCUCUGCAACACUGCUAAAUGGACUUUUGAAAAACAUUCAUGUUACAUCAGAGAACAUUAGUCUUCUACCACAUGAAGUAUGUUGUUACAGGGUCUGGCAACUCGAAUCUCUUACAGCUGAAGGCAUUUAUGAGUACUCUGAUCUCUGAAGGGGAGGGGGAGAGGCCCCAGCUGUGAACUCCUCUGCAGAACACUGGCAGUGCUUCUCCAAAGAAAGGUGCCCAGGGCAGCCAUUCCUACUGUAGAUGUUGAGUUCUUCCCAUGCUGGAGAAUUUGCACAUGUGGUGUUGUCUUCCUGCCAACUCCAGAUACACCUAGGUAAGAUCUUUGGUGUAGCAGUAGUCACCAUGAAUGUUCUAGUCAUCUGAGGGCUUGCCAGUCCUUAUGAAAGCAGGUGGAAGUCUACAAAUUUGGGGUAAAGGAGAAAAUAAACAAUAGGACUGUUCAUUCUGCUCACUGUUUUGCAAAUCACUCACAUAAUUCUAAACUCCCUUUUACGGCAGAGGGAAUUAGGCAAUUAUAUUUUACAAAGCCUUUCUGCUGCUUUCCAGACCAAAGCAACACUUGUGCCGUGUGCUAGAUACCACUUACUCUGCCUGGUGAAUGCUGUCAGUGGUUGGGAGAGUGCAAAAUUUUAUUUCCAAGCCUGAUAGAGGUCAUUGUGCUAAGAAGCAAAUGAAACAAACAUCAGGUGUAUCUGCCAGCAGUCUAGGUAAGGGAAAGAUACAUACAAGACAUAUAUUGUCCAGUCACUUAAGUUGUAUUGAGCACGUGGCUCCUGGGGGUGCUGGAGAGUCUCCUGUGGGCUGUUUUCCAGGGGCAGAGUAUUUACCUAAAGAAAUUCUGUUCCAGAAGUGGCCUUCGCAUGGUUGUAUGCCUUUUUGACUCUCUCAUUAGGGAUGUGUGUGUGUCUCUUUCAGUUCAUGAGCCAGCUGAAAUGAUUAAGGCAGAAGUGACAGCAGUUCUAUCACUCUUUUGUCACACUUUCAUCAAAAUAUUUAUUUUUCUCACUGUAGAACCCUGGAAGUUAUUGAUGUUGGUGGCUUCACUCUUGAUAGUCAAAAUUCUUACCACCAACUCCCUGAUUCCUUCUUAUUUGUGAUGCAGCUGCUUGAUGGCUGACUUUGGGGCUAAGAUAUUGUCAUCCUAGUUUACUCACAAGAAAUAACUUGUUGCACAGAAACUUAAGGGCAAGGGAAUAGCCUUGUCUUAUUUAUUCAUUAUACCUCAACUUUAACCCACCAAAAGGAUAUUUUAGGUGCCUUUUCAGGUUUGGAUGGUUUUUACUGUGAUGGUUCUCCAGCUAAGUAAAUUCUAUUGGUUUAUACAAACAGGCUAUUAAGAGGAAAACCUGUACUGUCAUCAUCUAUACCUUGAAGAUGCAAAGAACAGAUACUGUCUAAAACAUAUUAAGAGUUGUCAUAGUGUGGAGUCAUCAAGCUUGAUCAUUUUAUCAAGUUAAGGAAACUCUACAGAAUGAAUAUGUAUAUUUUUAGGCCUCCAGUGCUACUAUUUCCACAGCUGUACAGUAUAUUUAAAAUAAAAGUGUGCCUAUCACAAAUUUCUAUUUUUUAAACAGGGUUCUGAAUCCCUUAAAGAAAGUCAGGGGCACUCAUAAUGUUUGCAUAUUAUGUGCUUGUAGAUACUAAAAGCAAAGAGAUACUCUAAGAGCUGUGAAUAUAUUCCUAGAGCAGUUUUUCUCCCUUCACUCUAAAACCUUUCAGCACUUCGAGGCUUUGCAAGAAGAAUGGCAGUGCUCCCUCCUUCUAGCUGUGUGUCAGGUAAGUACAGGGAGUUUGGCUCCAACAGAUAUUGCUGGAGGUAAUUCUAGGAUAAAACUAUAGUAUGAAUAUACAUACAGUGAGUACUUUUCAAAAAGAGAAAACUACCCCAGCUUUUGCAAACAAUGAUUGUAGUACUUGUUUUGAAAAUUAUUAAUUUUUGUGGUACCUGAUGAAUUUUUUUGAAUACCUGCGGAAGUCAGAAAAGAAUGAGGCUGGGUUACAGCUGAAAAGAAGCCUAAGUAAAGAACUUUCAUCUUUAUUUCCUCCUUCUCUAUAUAGUCCAAUUUAAGUUCAUCUUGCUGUUAAUAUUGAAAAAUCCCAGAGAUCCUGUAGUCCACAAAAGCCUUCAUGUGAAAUAAAGUACUUAAAAAUUGCAGUUCAGACCUUACCACAUGAAGCAGCGAGAUAGAGGUACUCCAAGCAUCUGAUUCUUGUAAUGCAAGCCAGUUAGCUUUUUCUCUCUGGAAAGAAAGGAUAAAAACUGGAGAGUGUUGGUUCAGUAUGGUAUAAGAGAUGACAACAGCUUGGAUGACACCAAGUUGGGUGUGAGUGUUGACCACUGGAGGGUAGGAAGACUCUGUGGAGGGGUCUGGACGGGCUGGACAAAUGGGCCACGGCCAACAGUAUGAAGUUCCACCAUGAGCUGUGUCCUGCCCUUGAAUCACAUUUCUCUCACAGGGAUUUAGUUUGAAGCCGUACCUUUGAUCCAAAAUCUCUAACUUAAUUUUCUCAUUUCUCAGCCUAUAUUCAAGUCCUUCAGGUACUGAAAUCUAGUUUUGUCAAUUUGGGAGUGAGGAGUGUCCCCUUUUCAGAUCAGAUUUUCUUCAAAACCUGUACUUCUUGUGUUUUGGACUACUGAGCAAACACGUGAAUCUCUGAUAAGUAAAGCAACAAUUCCAUCAGUUCCCCAUAUUUAAUAAGCCUUGGCUUUUAUGAUUUGUAUUCUGGUCAUGAUACUUCUCAUAAAUUACAUUAAUUUACUUAUAAUCUUGUUCCGUGUAUUAAGAAUUUUGGUUCUUCCUCAUCUUUACUGUGGUUUUAUACAACCAAGUAAGACUAGUCUAAUUUACUCUUCCCUCUCAUUGCUUUCUUGUUACCAUAUUUAUAAGUAAAUACAUCUGCCCUCAUUUUAGGCCAAUGUCCAGGUUGCUUUAUUUUCCUGUGUGUCUUUCUCAAAUGCCCCAUUCAGUCCUUAUAUAAAAUCAUCCUCACUAGGGUAAGAAAUCAGUUUGCUCCAUUGAAUCUUUGUCUAAUAACUUGUCUAGGUAGGCUUUUCCUCAGUGGUGUCCAAUAUCAAAGAGUUAAAAACACUGUAUCUAAGUGUUAUCAGUUCACUGACCUCUCCCAUGCCACUUUCAACAAUAAUUAACAGUGCUGUUUCAAGGAAGAUUUUAAAAAGGGUGCCCAUGUAAUUGCAUUGACUCGACACAGCCAGUUUAGUUCACGUUUGAGGUUGUUAAAGUCAAGUACUUUAGAAGUUCUGUAAAUUGUUUAAAAGGCCAGUUGGAUGUGAGCUUCUGAAAACUUUUGCUUACCUUUGAGUGAAAUAAAUACUGCCUUUUUACUUUGUGA